UUCAAGUUUUGGCACUAAAACAAAGCAGCAGCUGGAAUCAGCUUAACUCACCGGGUCUACAUACAGGUGGUGUAAAUAACCGGCCGGACACUGACACAGCACGCUGCAGCCAUCUGACAACAAACUGCUUCAUUUUAAUGAGUUGAAUUUAAGAAUUGCGGCUAAUUUAACUGGCUACUGAGCGUCCAGAUAGCUUUAAACACACAGACACAGUCAUGAUGGAGUCUAUCUUAGACAGUUUAACAGCUGAGAAGCUGUAUCCGUCCGGCGGGACCAACCUGUUGGACCUGGAGGAACUCAGCGACGGAGAUUUCCUCACUAAUGUGCCUUUCUCAGGUGACCAGAUGGACGACUUCAGCAGUGAAUUAUUCAGCAGUUUCUUUGAUGACCAUCUAUUAGAGCGGCCCAUUCUGGCAGACAGACCUUCACCUUUACACAUGGACAUGGAGGACAGCAGCCCAGAUAUUCAAGCAGAGCACAGCUACUCUUUAAGUGAAGACUCCGCCCCCCAGAGCCCAGCCCUGUCAAUCAAAAUGGACCACGAGUCUGAAUUUGAAUGGAGCUUCAGUCAGGACCUUUCAGCCAUCUUGGUGAAACAGGAGGAGCCAGAUGUGGGUCAAAGGUUAGAUCCUCAGCCUCUGGAAGGCCCGCCUCUCAUAUUAAGCCCCGCCCCCCCACACAGAGGGUCGCAAUGGAAACACACGGAGCCCAGUCAAGACAGUGUGAAGCCAGUAGCCAUAAAAGAUGAACCCAGAGAGAUUGGACAGUACCUCAGCCUGCCCAGCGACGAUGCUCUCCAGCUCCCGCCCACCCCUCCCAGCAGUAACCACGGGGACAGUGACGGCUCCCUCCCUCCCUCCUCCCCACACCUCCCUCUGCCACCGUCUUCCCCUCAACCACAACAGAGGCCAGGAGGUCGGGCCUCCUCCUCUUCCUCCUCCUCCUCUUCUUCAGCCAUCUCUUCUUCACCUCUCCUCACUGCACCACAUAAGCUGCAGGGUUCAGGACCGCUCUUGCUGACAGAAGAAGAGAAGAGGACCCUGGUUGCUGAGGGUUACCCGGUCCCAAACAAACUUCCUCUCACCAAGAGUGAAGAGAAGGCACUGAAGAGGGUCAGAAGGAAGAUUAAAAAUAAGAUCUCAGCUCAGGAGAGUCGGAGGAAGAAGAAAGAGUAUGUGGAAUGUCUGGAGAAAAAGGUGGAGAGCUACACGUCAGAAAACAGCGACCUGUGGAGAAAAGUAGAAAACCUGGAGACCGCCAACAGGUCUCUCCUGCAGCAGCUCCAGAAGCUUCAGUCAUUGGUUUCUGGGAAAUUUGUUCCCCGUUCUUGUAAAAUGGCCUCAACUCAAACAGGGACAUGCCUCAUGAUGGUGGCCGUGUGUUUUGUCCUGGUGUUGGGCUCUUUCUCUCCCUGCCUCUCUCCCCUCUCCUUCCUCACUCACACCUCCUCUUUGUCCUCAUCCUCUGCUUCCUCUCAUCCCUCCUCCUCUCCUCCUCUUCCGUCAGCGGACCUCUAUACCACCACUCAGGUCCGCUCCCGCAGCCUGCUCUUCUACAAUGAAGAGGCUCCAUUGGAGGAGAGUUUAGUGACAUCAGAAGGGGAGAGGCUACCGUCAGAGGGCCGCAUCCAGACGAGCCGAUACACAGCUGACGCACACAGCAGCAACAGGACAACUGGGCCCGAGUUAGACCGGAGAGAAACAAAACCAGAAGGAGUCUCCGAGUUUUUCUGACACAGCCUGACCCCUCCUCCCAUGACUUCUAACCUCUGACCCCGAGAAAGCCCUAAACCUCCAGAUUCCUGAACUCAGCGGGCUUCGUAUAUACACCCAACUAUCAUCUCUCUGAGUGAGCCUCAAGACAGAACUUUCUCCCAUCCUCCACAGCCGGUACACUGCCUGUAUAUGGUGCUUCACUUCUCUGCUUCAGCAGACUCUGCUUCACCUGAAUAUGCUUGACUUUAAAGGGACCAUCUCAUUGUAAUAUUAGUUAUCCAACUAAUCUCUUAUUUUUUGUUUAAACUGAUGUAAAGAAUAUUUUAAAGAUAGAAUUAAAAACAUAGACAGACAUUUGUAGCAUUUUAACAGAAAUAAUGUAUCACCAGAAAUUAGUCAAAAGAAAGGUAGAUAUGAGCCACUCUAUCAUGUGAAAAAAAAUAUUAACCCUUUAUGCCAUGACAGACUGAAAGCAGUUUUUAGCUGCUUUUGGUUUCCUCACUUUCUCUGCAAAACAUGUUUGUACAUUGUUGCUAUUUAGAGAGAAAGCAGCUUCCUUUUUACAAAAGUAAGCAAUGAGCUUUAUGGGAAAUAUCGUCUUCAUUUUGAGAGAAACACAAUGAUACAGCUUUGCACCUUUUCGUGAACAUAAAUACAUAAUCAGCAUCUGGAUACUUGAUGGACCUCCACUGUGGGAGUUCAUGUUGUGUUCUACUUACAAGGCGCUAUAUCGGGUCAGUGCUUUCUUUCUUAACUGAUCAUAUACAGCAUGUUGAUAAAGGGCUGCAACUAACAUUAGAUUAGAUUAUCAAUUAAACGUUUCUUGAUUCAUCAAUGAAUCCUAACAUUACAAAAGAAGGAGCCACAGAUUUUUUUAUUUCUUGGUAACAAUAAAAUUGUUGCUGAUAAAUUUUCACUUGAAUUGGAUAAUUGUUUCAGCUUGAUGUUCAUAAUAGUAUAUAAUGAAUGAAACAAGAUUUGCUCCUAAUAUUUACAAAAAUAAUAAACCAUGUACCUCACUGUAAAAAAAGAAUACUCUGAUUUACUUAGGGGACAAAAAUAUCCAAAUAAAGGAAAAAAAAAAUUAGUGAAUUUUCAUAAUUAUAAUCUGGUUUCUUAAAUAAUGCCACUGUUGUUUUUAAUGGGGGAAAAUAUAUUUUCUUUAUACUAAAUGCUAAGGAUUUCUUUAUUUUUUCACUUUUUUUUUGAUAUCUCAAUGAUUAGCAACAACACAUAUUUUAAUGCAAUUCAGGGGUCAAAAAUGUGUUUUCAACUGGACAUCUUUGUCCUUAAGGGUCUGAAUGGCUCCAUUUGGCUACACAGCUCAUUAUGGACUUAUUAUAGGAGCUGAGGUUCAUCUUCCAAAAUUAAAAAAGCAAUCAACAACAAUUAAAAGCCUUUCCAAAAUGUAUGCUGAAUUAAUUCAUACAGCCAAAAUGGUAAACGAAAAAAAAAAGAAAAGACGCCCUUAGUGAUUUUUAAGGAAAAUAAAGUUGCCCUUUUAAAAAGGAAGCUGUGCCAUUUUUAAAAGUGCCUUCCACUUACUUUAGUUAGAUAUAACCAACUUGGCCUUAUACUGAAAGCCCACACAUGCAGCUACAAACAUGGAAAUGUCCAAAUAGAUGACACACUGUUAGUUUGUUUUUAGUUUCUUUUAAGUAAUCAUAAACUGGAUCAAUGUUCAAGAUUUUAUUUGGGGGAAAUAUUCAAUUUCACAUACAUUAGGACGUAAACACUUCACACACACUUGCUUAUAAAAUAGUUGUGUAAUGCAUUUGCAGCCAGGAGUUAAAAGAAAAUAUAUGUUUUAUUUUUACACUUUUUAAAUCCAUCUCAGAAGUUUAAGUCAUUUUCUUAUGUCCAUAUUCUGCAUAAUUUUGGGGGGGAGGGGCGGCAUAUUUUCAUACCAAGGGGUCCUGACAGAGGUUGGGAAACAUGACAUAAAAGUAUUUUUAUGGAAUUAAAAUUGUAUAUGUAAUAUAUUUGCAGCAUCAAAAAAGAGCAUAUUUAAUUUAUGCAACAAAAAAAGAAGAAAUACCAAACGUGUUUUUAUGUUACUUUUUUGUUUUUCUAAAUAAUGUUUACAAAAAACAAAACAAAAAUACAACUUAUAAUAUAUUCUGAGCAUCAAAAAAAGAGCAUAUUUAUUUUAUGCAAGAAAAAAAAAGGAAUUGUAUGUUGUGUUUUGACAUUUAGGAUGAUGAAGUUUUACAUGUUGGUGUGUCGUUUACAUGCCGUUUCUUGGAGUGUAAAACUUUGACAUGAUGUGUUUGUGUGUUUGUGUUUAACUGUAAUACAGUGUUUAUGUUUCACUGCUGUCGCAUGGAGGGCUUUUUUUGUACCCUCAUCAUUAAAAAAAUGCCAUUAGCUUGUAAAAUUAAACCUCAAGCUACAGUUUGUUGACUUCAAAAGCCAAAUAAAU